AUGGUCUUGGAGUGUGGAUACUUGCAGAAUAUCAGAGGGAGCGGGAAACUUCGACGCAUGGCUUUAUGCAACUGUGUUGGUGAUCUUCACGACGGCGCUGGAUUGAGCGAUGCUGUUCUCCCAAAUGGAGUCCUAUCCAACCCAAUCUUCGAAGAGAUUGACUGCGACGUUCUCACAAUUGGCAACCACGAGCUUUACGUGUCCGAGAUUGCUGAUGAGCAGCAGGUAACUCUUACAGGUUUGGUCGGAGAGAAAUGCCAACCUGCCCUGCAGCUUCUACAACUUCAGCAAAGUCUGGGGCGACAAAUCGUGACUAGUAACGUCCAAAUUCUCAACCCAGUAACGGGCGCUUUCGAUUACAUCGGGUCCGAAUACCGCUACUUCUCCACAGCCCAUGGCUGUCUGAUCUACGUUCUCGGUCUCCGUAUCAUGACCUUCGGCUUUCUCUUUGACUUCACCGGGAACUCCAAUGUCUCCAAGGUGAUCAAGCGGCAUCACCCGCCGCCAAACCGUCGUGACCCCGGGCUACCUCACCACCGACGACUUCGGCAGCGACGGCGACGACAACCCGCACUCCCCAAUCCCAUCGGCAAUGCCUCGUUCCCCGCUGACGGCAGCACCCCGGCUGUCGUGCACGUCGUCUUCUUCGACUACUUCGCCAGCACGGUGGUGCAAGUGCUGAAUAGGUUCCGGGGCGGCGCGUACACCAUGGACGACGUGGCGUACUACGUGAACAGCAACUACACGGCGCAGAACUACCUGCCGGACUUCGCCAGGUUGAUGUGGCAGGCCAACGUGCCGACUUUGUCCGGUCGGGCUGGGCAUAGGCUAUGA